CGGUAGGGCUUUUGGCUGCAGCAGCUUUGGGAGUUGUCUGGCAAAUGUUUAUUGGGGUCUAUGAUAAGAGCCCAUCCCGUGCUAUACACCACAUUAUAUCAGCAUGCGAAGGCUGUUCUAGUCAGUGCGCAACACAACUCAACCAUCAAAUUUAUUGAAAAGCUAUUGGAGAGCAAAGGGAAAAUGGCUGGGUGGCUACCUAUGAUUGGAAUGACCGCUCUCCCACACUUGGGAGGAUUCUAUGGGGGCUACGUUACACGCAAAGAAGUGAAAACCUGGUACCCAACAUUGACAAAACCCUCAUGGAGGCCACCAAAUGCUGCAUUUCCAGUAGUAUGGACCUGUUUGUACACUGGCAUGGGGUAUGGCUCCUACCUAAUUUGGAAAGAACUUGGUGGAUUUACUGAAGAAGCACUGGUUCCACUGAGCCUGUAUGGUCUUCAGCUGGCACUGAAUUGGGCCUGGACGCCUAUCUUUUUUGGUGCUCACAAGCUUAAAUGGGCUCUUAUGGAGAUUGUGCUGCUCACUGGCACUGUGGGAGCCACUAUGUGGUCAUGGUAUCCCAUAAACAAAACUGCCACUCUGCUCCUGGCUCCCUAUCUGUCUUGGCUGUGUCUCGCCACCUCCCUCAACUACUGCAUCUGGAGAGACAAUCCCGAGGAAGGAAAAAAGGAAGAAUAAGGGAUGUUUUUUUUUUUUGUAGUCAUUUUAUCAUUGUAGAUGACUUUUUGUAUUGUACACUAAAUAAUUUUAUAAGAAAAAUAGUUUCACAAUGUGUGUUAUGUAAAUUGACAAAAAGUACAUUUGUGUGCCGAUCUGUGUGUCAGAUUCCAUAUAACGGCUUAUAUACAUUGUGAAAAUGAAAAUGCAUACAAGUUCAUAAUAAAGUGCCUACUAUAUUACACCUUA